AUGACUAAUCCAUUUACUGAUGUUGAUAUUAAUUCAUUUAAGAUUAAUAGGUCAAUUGCCUCAAGUGAAGAAAAGAAGCCAAAGAGACAUUCUCUUAAAUAUAGUGUUGAAGCUGAAAAAAAAUUUCCUAAAAUUCGUAUUUCUCAAAAAGACUAUAAUCGUUUAAAAGAUAUUCAAGAAAGAUUGCAUUGUAAAUCUUUUGGUCAAGUAGUUAUUCGUUUACUUAAUUGUUAUAAACAACAAAUAACUACAAUUGAAAAUCAAGUGUAUGUACAACAACAUUAA